AAUUCUUAGUCGCAACUACCUCACCAACUCAAUCCCCGCUGCAAUUGGCAACCUUACCAGCCUUGCUCAACUACAUCUUUAUUCCGUUCGGCUCACUGGUUCUCUCCCAGCUACAAUCGGGAACCUUACAAACCUGACCGACCUGAAUCUUUGGGGAAGUGGUGUUAGCGGAACAAUUCCUCGCGAGAUUGGCAUGCUCACUAAACUAGUCGUCCUAGAUGUUUCUUGGAAUCAGCUCAAUGGCUCGAUCCCGACUGAAAUUGGCAACCUUACAAACCUGCAAGGCUUAAGGCUUCAAGGAAAUUAUAAAGUCAGUGGUUCAAUCCCUGCUGCGAUCGGCAACCUUGCGAACCUGACUUACUUGGAUGGUUCGUGGAAUCAGCUCAGUGGCUCAAUCCCGACUGAAGUUGGCAACCUUACAAACCUGCAAGGCUUAUUACUUGGUAACAAUCAGCUCAGUGGUUCAAUCCCUGCUGUGAUCGGCAACCUUACGAAGCUGACUUACUUUGAUCUCUCCCACAACUUCCUCACAGGUCCCCCACUUGAGAUUUUGAAUCGGAUGCCAGGGUUCAAGGCGGACCUCUCUAGCAACUACCUGUCGGGUCCUUGGAAUGCAAGAAACUGUUCUCAGUACAGUAUCGCUGCCAACUGCUUUGCACAGGACAGAGCUUGCGUGAAAGAAACACAGCGACCCCCGGCACAGUGCACAGCGUUUUGUGGCGUAUCCACAAAGAGUAGUACUUCUGCAUGUGACGGCCGUGGCAUCUGCAGACCAGUUGGGCCCAGUUUGGUACCCACGUGCUCGUGUAAUCCGGGAUCGGUGCAGUUUGAAAGAAUCCGCUGCAUUGCGACAGGCUUGAUUGAACAAGGCUACACCAUUCUUCCCCGAUUCACCGAGCUCACCAACGGGUUACAUCAGCAGACAGUGGGGCGGUUCAUGGCGAAUCCAGUGACCCUGUUUGCUUACCCUCCUGGUGUGACCUCGGGAUGUGGAUUGGAGUUGGCGUUUAGAGUCAACUUCACCUUCGCUAUCUUUCCCCAGAAUGGUGAUGCCAGGUCCAACGGCUUUGCGUUUGUGAUCGCAGCAAAGGCCAAGGUGGGGAAACCCAAUGGUGUGGGGUAUGGAGGAAUGGGGCCUGGGAACAUAGCCGUUGUGUUCAAGACGCUUCAAACAAACAAGCAGUGUGAUAGCGAGCACCACGUGGGUCUGAACAUUAACGGCGCUGAAAAAUCGAUGGUGAAAGAGGUCUCACCAUUCACUCUCACCAACCGCGCUGGAUACACGGCAUGGGUGGACUAUGAGCCUGGGAAUCCCGGCACCAUUCAAGUGUUCCUGGCGGAUUCAGCCAUGAAGCCAGAGAAACCGCUGCUGCAGACGAGUCUGUCACUCUGUGAGCUGCUGCGGGCUUCAGUGAAGCCCUUCCAGCCGGCGUUCUCAUUUGGUUUCGUUGCAUCCACCACUGUGAAGCCCUUCCAGCGAUACAACAUUCUCUUCUCUUACGUGCAAACAGGUGCUCCUUCACCCAAGCUACCCGAGAACAAUACACAAGCACUCGGCCUUUCACUAUCGAAGGCCACGUUUGCACCAUCUCAAGUCAGCCCCUUUUCGCGCUACGUGAGUGCGGACUUCAAGCUGUCGACCAAAUUGAUGGAAUCGUGGAGCAUCAAUGACCCCCACUCGUGGGACAACGUGCCCUGGCUUGCCUGGCCUGUCAAGAACCAGAACGACUGCAAUGCCUGCUGGGCGUAUGCAGUGGUGGCGAGUGUGGAGGCAGCAUACGGCAUUGCCAACAAUAGCAGAGCUCCCCAGUUGUCAGAGGAGUCCCUCUUUGCUGCCAUGGGGCUCACCGAUGCAGACAAGUGCACAGCUGGCGGCUCACCCGCCCAGGCAUUUGAAAACCUCGAGGCUCUUAACGCCAACAACGGCAGUGGGCUCACAGCCAACAAUUCGGCAACUAGGUACCCGGUGCAGGCAUUUGAGCAAGCGCAGUUCAAGGGGUAUGUGGGGCUCAUGCUGGCAGUGCGACACCAGCCAGUGUUGGUUCACAUCCAGGCGUCUGCUGCCACGUUCAAUGCGUAUAAUGGGACUUUUAAAUACCAGGAUCCAGAUUGCUACACGGGCAGUCUCAACCAUGUUGUACUCGUUAUAGGCUACUCCAUCGUGGUUGAAGACGGCAAUCAGAAGCGCAUUGCUCCACCAUUUUGGAUCAUCCGCAACUCAUGGGGAGAGGGGUGGGGAGAGAAUGGUCACAUGCGCAUGGACAUUCAGGGAGGGGAUGGCGUGUGCGGCAUCAAUGUGCUUCCUGGCAUCUACCCCAUAAUCAGAAUUCCAGGGGACCCUUGCGGGCGCAAAAGCUACAAGUUCGAUAAGGAGACGGAGACCAGCAUGAACCCGUGCGGCCGCUUCCAGUGCCAGACUUCCAAAACAAGAAGCAACAGCAAUAACUGCAACUGCAGUAUUCCCGCUCUUGGAGCUAAUCCGCAGCCCUUUGUCGAAGUUAAGAAUGGUUAUGGCUCCAACGCAUGUGCUUACGUGAACGUGUGUGGGUCAUACUUCAAGAACCCCUGCUACGUGGGAGCAUGCAUCAACGAUGGCAAGGGCGCCUACUCCUGCAUCUGCCCUCCCAACCACGUUCCCAGCAAAACCGUUGAUGGCUUUCCCACCUGCGAUCCAGCAAACAGCACAGCCACCACAAUGACAGUUCAAGGAAACAACUGGUUGUGCUCGGAUGUUUAUGCACUUGUUGGCCUCUCACUGGAUGAAUUCACUCGCCAGAAUGCAGGCAUCGAUUGCAGCCAGCCAUUGCCCAAGGGCAGUGUCCUUCAGCUGGAUGGUACUCCUGCCACACCCUGCACUGCCUUCUUUUACACCGUCAAGGGAGACACCUGUGAAUCCAUCAGCAAUCAGCUUAACUACAAUAAGGGGAAUCUCACCACGCUAAACCCCGGCCUUAACUGCUCCGAGCCCUUGAAGGCGGGCCGCUCGGUGUGCCUCGAGCGCAGCGCUGCCUUCGCCUACAUGGUGCCUGAUUGUAAGAAGUAUGGCACACUCACACGUGAAGACAAAUGUGACCAGCUGCUUCAGGGGACACCUUACUCAGAAGAGAGCUCCAAAGAAAGCCCGUGGCUCGCACUUUACCGCAGCAAUCCUGGCCUUACUUGCUCCUCCACCAUCCCUCAAUCUGCCUCCGCUGCUGGCAGCAAGAUUGGCGUACAG